GGAACACGGACAUAUUAGGGUGUAACACGCCGAGAAACCAUGUGGAUAGAGGAGAUCCUUCGUAGCAGAGGGUUUCUACUUUAAUGCUUUGAGACAUUUUACUGAGGCACUUGAAGCAUGGUUUACUUAAAUAUACUUUAGCAGCAUUUAAAGAGGUUUUGUUUUUGUUAAAUAAACCUACAGACUUCUAAAUCAAGCAUGGGGAAAUCGAAGACCAAAAACCAGAAGAAGGCCCGAGCCCAAGCUGUCCAUGUGGCGGAGGAUGCCUACAGAACUGUCCCCCACUCCUUUGUGUUCCAUCGGGGUCAAAUUGGGAAAAACGUGGGUCAGCUCGUCCAGGACAUGAGGAAAGUCAUGCAGCCGUACACCGCCGAGUCUCUGAAGGUACGGAAAAAGAAUCUCCUGAAGGAUUUUGUGUCCAUAGCGGGGCCUCUGGGAGUGACCCACUUCAUUAUCUUUGGCAAAACCAGCGACAGCAUCAACAUGAGACUGGCUCGUCUUCCUAAAGGCCCCAUGCUUUAUUUUAAAGUUGUAAAGUAUUCCCUUAUAAAAGAUGUGGUUUCGUCUUUGAAGAAGCACAGGAUGCAUGAGCAGCAGUUCACCCAUCAUCCACUUCUCAUCCUCAGUAACUUUGGAGUGGAUGGCAUGCAUGUGAAGCUCAUGGCCACCAUGUUCCAGAAUAUGUUUCCCUCAAUAAAUGUCCAAAAGGUAAAUCUCAACAGUAUCAAGAGGUGUGUGCUGUUUAGUUUUGACCCAGAGACUCAGGAAAUUCAGUUUCGACACUACAGCCUGAAAGUCGUCCCUGUGGGGAUGAGCCGAGGAGUAAAGAAGCUGAUGCAGGAGAAGUUCCCCAAUAUGAGCAAGUUCGAGGAUAUUGCCGAGCUGCUGGUGAAGGGAGCGAACUUGUCUGAAAGCGAAGCAGAGCAGGACGGUGAACACAAUAUAACUGAACUGCCACAGAUGUAUGCUGGAAGAGGCAACAUGCCAUCCCAGCAGAGCGCUGUCCGUUUGACAGAAAUCGGCCCUCGAAUGACUCUGCAGCUGGUAAAGAUCCAGGAAGGGAUGGGUGACGGGAACAUCAUCUACCACUCCAUGAUAUCUAAGACAGAGGAAGAGAUUCAGGAAAUCCUGAAGAGAAAGGAGGCCAAGAUGAAGGAAAAGGAGAACCGAAGGAAAACACAGGAAGAGAAUGUGGCCAAGAAGAAAGAGAAACGAGAAGAGAACAAGAAAAAGAGUCUAGAAGGCAUCAAGAAAAAACAAGCUGAAGCUGAGGAGGACAGUGAAGUGGAGGAUCCAGGGAUGCAAGGAGAUCAGGCUGCUGCUGUUGAAUCUGAUGAUGAUGUGGAGUACUACAGACAGGCUGUGGGGGAGGAGCCAGAUGAGGAUAUGUUCCCUGGUGCUAAGAAGAGGAGACGCUCUGACAAAUCUCAGGAACGUCCCAGGAAGAGAAAACUGUCUGCUGGUAAAACCUCCAGAGAUCCAGAUUCUAAAUCACCAAAAAGAAAAAAAGCAGUAGGACAGCAGAGAGACAAAGCAGGAACCGCUCUACAGGGAAAAGGAAAAGCUUGGAAAAAGUCUAAAGAUGGAGAGAAAGCAUUCGGUAAGAAAAAAUGGCCUCCGGGGAAAGCAUUUGGUUCCAAGAAAUCUGGAGAGAGAGAAAACAAAUUUGGAAGGAAAAACUUUGAUGGAAAGAAAAACAAGGACAAGCAUUUUUCUUCAAAGGGUCACAAAAGCAAACCUGGCUUCAAGAAUAAGAAGGGCGCAGGUGAAAAACAAGGUUUCAAACGGACUAAAGGGAAACGUUCUGAAAGCAGGAUGUCGGUCAACUUCUCUGACUGUGAGAAGUUUCAGAUUAGCCUGCUGCCUACCAUGUAUGGGGUCGAGUUUGUUGUGGCCUUUGCAGGAAAUCUGUUUGCCUUGUGUCUGCUGUUUGUCAGAGAAAGGCGCGACUGGCACUCGGGUGUCGUCCUCUCCUGCAACCUGGCCAUCAGUGACCUGCUGUACAUCCUCACUCUGCCUCUGCUGAUCGUCUACUAUGCCCUGGGGAAACACUGGAUUUUUGGCGAGGCUGUGUGUAAAAUGGAGAGGUUUCUUUUCACCUGCAACUUAUAUGUGAGCAUCUUCUUCAUCAUGGCCAUAAGUGUGAACCGCUGUGUGGCUAUCGCAUGGCCCUUCUUCACUCGCUCCUACCUGGAACCAUCCCAUGUUAAAGCCAUUAGUGUGAUCAUAUGGAUCAUUGUAGGAGUCAUCUCCUCCCCUAUGCUGAAAUUUGCAUCUCUUUGUAAACACAGUUACAAUAACAAUACUUUAUGUGUGGCCUUCUGUCACCAAACGUCUGACCCCAAGUCUGACUUUAUUUACAAAGUAUUCCUUGCUGUGUUUGGCUGUCUUGUUCCUUUCAUAGUAACUUUUACUUCUUACUGUGUAGUGACUCGGGUUGUGUGGAAAAAUGCCAACAUAACAACGCUUGAAAAGCGUAAAGUUGCCUUGUUAGUCUUAUCAGUAAUUGUCCUCUAUGCUGUUUCCUUUGUGCCCUAUCGUGUCUACCAAGUCUAUCAUCUGUAUUUAAGGAUAUAUCCCCAACACACACUUUGUUGGGUCUACAACAUGUACCAAGUAUCCAAAGGUCUGGCAACGUUGAACAUGUGUAUCCAUCCCAUCCUCUACAUGGCUUUGUUUGACAGUAUUAGACUGGUAUGCUGUGGACAGAGCUUAGAAGACAACAGAGCUGGAUGAGGAAGUAGAGGUGUCGCUUGGUUGCUCUUGCAUGAAGCACAUCCUUGUUUUAGACUGAACAUAGCUUUGCUAGAAGGAUCUUUGCAGAACUUCUACAUGACACAGUUUUGUACUUCUUGACCAAU